AUGAGUCGCUUCUGCUCAGACAACAACAACUUUCCAUAUGACAACAAUGUCCUGGUUUUGGAUAUGGUGCUGAGUUCUCUGUGGGGAGUAUCUCAACCCAUAAACUGGGACAAUGUAGCCAAACUUGUUCCUGGCUUCGGUCCCAAUGAGUGUGCUCGUCGGUUCGAGGAGCUUAAGAACACAGGGAGUUUUCCACAUUUGGACAACCAGUGCAACUCCCUGAUGGCAGAAGGCUCCUCCCCGUCUGACAACCUGUCCUCCUAUAUUAAGUCAACGUUAUUGGACACGGAAGAGACGGUGAAGUUAGAAACCAGUCAGAGUGCCAGCAAAGUUACCGGCUUGAAGACGACCCCCUCCGGAAGGAUUAGUGCUGCGGAGAAGAAGGUUCCAGCAGAAGAAGAAAAUAAACCUCAGAAGCCAAGGGAUCCCAACAUGGUCAUCCACGUAUGUGAUGAGGCCAAGAACCUGAAGCAGGACUUCACAUGUCCGAGAGAUUUACUCGUCAAAGAGAUGUGAUACUUCGCCGAGUAUCUGUCUGUUGACCCCCAGAGGUGGGAGGAGGUGGACAUCUCCGUUCACUGUGACGUGCAGAUCUUUGACUGGCUCAUGAACUAUGUCAGAAGGAAUACAGCCGGGGAGGGUCACAGAGAGAAGCCCAGGCUCGAGCCCAGCAAUGUGAUCUCAAUCCUGAUCUCCUCCGAGUUCUUGAAGAUGGAUACGUUAGUAGAGGAGUGUAUCCAGUACUGCCACAAACACAUGAGUGCCAUUGUGGCCACACCCUGCAACAUGAACUGCAUCAACAGCAACCUGGCCACCCGGAUCGCUGAGCUCUUCAACCACAAUGAGGCCGAUGAUGUUAGAGACAAAAAAGACAAGUUCAAAAGCAAACUGUUUCAGAAGAAGAUCGAGCGUCUCUUUGAUCCCAACUACCAGAACAAAGAUUCACCCGGAAACGCUUCCACACUCUACAGAUGUGGUCUGUGCCUUAAGAUGCUGACCAAAGAGACGGAGAGGAGGAUCUCUUGUGUUCCGGGGAAAAUCAACAUCGAUGCACGAGGAGAGAUUACUUACUCCCACACAAGACAGAAGAGCUGGGAUGUGCAUGACUACAUCACAGGUCUUUAUGAAGAACUGAAGUCCUGGGUCUUGGUCUACUGGAGAAUCUGGGGUACUGUCAACCACCUCACCUGCUUCCGCUGCCAGCAGGCAUUUGUGUGCGCUGAGCUGACCCAUUGCAAGUACCACCCCGAGGGUGUGUUGUACCCUGGCAUGGGUGCAGAGAAAGGCUGGCAUGGGUCAGGCAUCUAUCCCUGCUGCAAUCAGAGAGUGCUCCGCUUUGAUCCCACCGGCAUGUCCAAGGGCUGUAAGAUGCGGGACCACAUAGUGAGUGUACCUGAGGAGGAAAAAUGUGCUGGGGACCAGGUGAUCUCAGCCCAGACCAGAAUCCUCAAUGACCUCCUCCUGCACAGGGAUGCAGUCUGUUUGCCUAACACACCACCACAAGAGGGGACUGCCGAGUCUCCAUCCAUCGGAGAGAAGAUUCUGGAGAGUGACGUUCUGAUGGAACCAAUGCUUAUUGGACCCCUCAGAGGAGACGGUAGUGCUUUUUCCCUUUUGAAAAACUGGAGUCUGCAACUGAGACAGCAGUCUCUAUUAUCGGAGGAUGAGGAGUACACCACGGGAUCAGAGGUCACUGAGGAUGAGGUGGGGGAUGAAGAGGAGCUGUCCAAGAAACAAGCUGCAAAGAAGGCCAAGAAGUCCAGCAGACCACUUAAGAGACAGGUGUCCUCACCCAACGUUCAACGCAAAGAAAAGCUGGAGAAGGCACUGUCGAGGGACAACACACCCUUCACGGUGAGCGCUCAGAAGAGUAAAUGGGACAGCUCUCGCUCCAUGCGUUACAACCAGGAUGCCCAGCGGGAAGAAGACCAGCGUCGUAUGGUGGAGAUCAUCGGCCACCUGACUAAGAUGAGGUUUGGAGACCAGGAGCAGAGCAAAUCUAAGGACACAAAAGAGGCUGCAGGAGGAAUUUACUCCAGGCUGGAGGCUCAGUUUAAGAGCGUCUCUCAAGCCAAACAGAGUUCUGAAAAAACACCCAGGUCAAAAGCACGCUAUGGUCAGAUCCGGACAACGUAAGAGGAUGUGAUGAGGAGAUGAACAAAAAGAGGAGUGGGAAAGGUUUUGAUGGACGACUGAUAAACUUGAGAAAGGAGAAGAAACCUCACCGAGCACUCAAUAUGACAAAAUAACGUUGAUAGAGCAAGCCAACACCAACCCCAACCCCAUAGCUCCCGUUAUCCCUCAGCUACUGCUCCUUCCGUGCCACUGUUUCUGCUAGCUCCUCGAUGUGCUUUGGCCUGCUGAAACCCAAACAGCGAUAAUCUCAAUCUUUAAACCCAGUUCCCUCCCUAUCUUAUUGUCAUUUACAACAUGACUCACCUUCCUAAGAUGCCUACGGUUGCUCAGCUAGCUGUUGGACAGUGCAGUGGCUCAGCAGCCAGUGUCCUUGGUCAUAUUCAACAACACACAUGCUCCCGUUCCAACUCCACUUUACCACUAAUCCAGCUCUCUGUGAGCUGUUUAGUGGAUAUGCAUGUUAGAACCAAACCUAGUACAAUCGGUAUUUGCAAAUACUUUUUUUGUGUUGUUCGGUCUGACCCUCUUUAAAAAGUCACUUAUUUAUUACCACUAUUUAACCUAGUCUGAUCAGAAGAGCCUGUGAAUCUUGAAGCUCCGCAGGAUCAAGACUGGUGACCUGUGCGACAGAUCAGCCAGUAUAUAUAAAAUGUCCAUCCAUUGUCUGUACCCACCUAAUCCAAUUCAGGGCCAUGGAGCCUGUCUCAGCAGACAUUUGGUGAAACGCAGGGAGAAACCCUGGACAAGCUGCUGGUCCAUCACAUGGCUAAACACAGUUACUCAUGCACCCACAACCAUUCAAGCCAUUGGCCAGUUUCAGAGGCUACAAUUCACCUGACAUGCAUGGCUAUGAACUGUGGGAGGAAACCAGAGUGCAAACUCAAUACAGACGGACUGGAAUUGAACCCACAAAGUGCUGACCACUAAGCUGCCUUCCUUGGAAAUUGCAUCAAGUAGAACAACAAGAUCAGAACUCAUAUGAGGUCAAAUAAUAGUAUUUAAUAAUUUUUAUCGUUCUAUUUAUUUAUUUUUGCUUGUUUUCAAGCUGUGGCGACCCCUGAGAAACAGGGAACAAGCUGAAAGAAGAGAUAGAAGUUUUCAAACCUAGUUGAGACACCAGAGAAGGGAUCUAGGUUCUACCUGGACAGGACAGCUUGGUUUUCAAGCUUCCCAUUAUAGAAAACUGGGCUUUUGUUCAUACCUGAGCCCACCCAUCUCCAACAGACGUGUAGAAACCACAAGUACUCUCACCUGUACCACCUGUACACCACCGGGACCAAUAAUAAAAUAUCAAUGAACCCAAGACAUCACAAUAAAACUAAUUUCAACUAUGCAGUAGUUUUGUUCUAUUUGGUUAAGUUUGAACACGUUCUGAAAUCAAUGAGUUGUUGCACGUCAACACAAAGCUUGACCCGGCACGGAGAUUUGCUAUUUCUUCCCCACCUAACAACAUCAUCUCUAAGACGGCGAGGGAAAGUAUUUUAAACAACAAAGA